AUGGCUAUCGCAGCACCAAGCUAUGAACAGCUCCCAAUCGUCAUAUCUGGGGGCGGCUGCGUCGGCCUCUUCCUUGCUCUUCUUCUCGCCCAAUCGCCCAUACCAAAUCGCGUCAUCGUCGUCGAGCCACAGCACCCAGAUCCAAGUUCAACCCGCGCAAUGGCUCACCAACCGCCCACCUUCCCUCUUUUCGCACAGAUUCCUGGGCUCCUCCCUGAGCUCAUCGCCGCUGGCUCCCUCAGCUCCGGCCUAUGCUUCCGCACGAGUGUGAAGAACGGGAGUCAGGUGAUCGCCAGCAAGACAUUCAACAACGAAGGGGAGGGGAUGAAAGGCAAGGGCCAGCUACUCCUCCCGCAGGGCAAGUUCCAGAAGAUCCUCAUGGAGCGACUAGCGAAGCUAGAGGAUAGGGCAGAGGUCAGACUGGGCUGGAGUGUCGAGGGCUUUACACAGUCCGACUCCAGCCCCUCAAUCUCAGUCCAAACUAGCAGCUCCACAGGGCAAACAGACUCCAUCUCCGCCGUCUAUCUUGUCGGCGCCGACGGCGCCCACUCGCGCGUCCGCAAGUCCGCCGGCAUCGAGCUGCAAGGCGAAACCCUCGACCGCCAGCUGGUCGCAACCGAUCUGCGCUUCCCCUUCACAGCCCACGGCUUCGCCGACGCAAACUUCAUCGUCGACCCCGAGCACUACGGCCUCAUCGGCCGCAUCGACAACACCGGCCUGUGGCGCGUCAGCUACGGCGUGCCCGCCUCGGUCUCCGAAGCCGACAUCGCCGCCACCGCGCACGAGAAACUGCGCGCCAUGCUGCCGAACCGCGGCGCAGACGCACACGGCGCGGACGCCUUCGAAGUCGUCAGAAUCGCGCCGUACAGGGCGCAGCAGCGCUGCGCGACCUCGUUUGUCCAGGGCCGCGUGCUGCUCGUCGGCGACGCUGCGCAUCUAACAAACCCGUAUGCGGGUCUCGGUCUCGCGUCAGGCAUCGCCGACGCCGACGCCCUCGCGCCGAUCCUCUCGCAUAUCCUGCGCGGCAGCGCCACCGACGCGUCGCUGCUGCUGUCCUCGUGGUCUGCGGCGCGGCGCAAGACGUUCGCGGAUGUCGUUGACGGGCCGAGUCGCGUGGCGUAUGCGCGCGUGCGGAGCCGGGUAGAUACGCAGGAGGAUGUUGAGGAGCUGGUGGCUAGGGACGCGGUGGUAAGGGGGCUCAGGAGUGGGGUGCCUGUGCUGCCGGGGGGGUUGAGGACGGUGGGGGAGGAGCUUGAGGGGUGGUGA